GCUCAUGGUCAAGAUCAAGGUAUGAGUAUAUAAACCGGUGGAAAUGGAAGGAAGAAAAUAUAUUUUAAAGAAAUAAGUAGAAGAGAGGGAAAAGGAAUCCUCUGUAAUGAAUCCACGUCAGGUAUAUUCCCGUUAUUUCUCAGGUACUGACGUGUGUUUACGGUUGCAGUUUACCUGUGCUGUAGUUUAACGGACGCACAGCCAUUAAUGAAGUAAGAAGAGGUGAGAUACAGUUUACUACUCUCCUUAUAUACUAUAUUUUCUCAGCAAAAAUGGAGCUGACAAACGGAACAAAGAAGACGAGUAACAAAGUACAUUCAAACGGAACAAUUGUACCAGAAAAAAAAUUAAAAUCAAAAUUCUGGGCCUACUUCUGGUGGGUGUUUGGCGGGAUAUUUGGAGCACACCACCUGUACCUAGGUCGUGACGCGCAUGCUUUUAUAUGGUUAACGACUCUAGGAGGGUACUUUGGGAUCGGUUGGCUAAGAGAUUUGCUAAGAAUUUCUACGUACGUCGAUGACGUUAAUAAUCAUCCGCAUUUCGUUGAAAGCUUCAAGCUUGCAGUCAGGCACAAUAAAAAGCCAACGUUUUCGACUGUGAGAUUCAUCGGUGCUUUGAUAGUCGGAUACUUCUGGGGCUUGUUACUCUGGUCAGCAAUUCCUCAGGAUGAAAUUCACGGGUACAAUUUACGGCCUUUGAUGAUCUUUGUGCCUCUAGCAGUCGCUCUAGGUGUGUGGGUGAUAGGAAACAUCGGUCGGGAGCAAGGGUCUCUCUGGCUGACUCUGGCGUGCUCGUACUUGAUGUACCCGACACUCUACUACAUCGGCGAUGACAGCACCUGGCUGAGCUUGAUGGUCGUUGUAGAUGCUCUAGUUUUCGACACUUUCAGCAAGCAAUGGAGACUCAAGCCUCGGGAAAAAAAAUCGGUGGGAAAACGGGUAAUUACUUUUUCUCUGGCUCUUGCAUUGUACUUGGCGCUCUGGACGAGCUACUUCUACUUCAAUGCUGUUGUUACUGACAGCGAAGGGGAAGAAAUAAAAUUAUCUGAGGCUGUUAAACAUUUUUUUACUUCUCCGAUGUGGUUGGAUUUAAAAACAACUCUAUGGGCUACAUGGGAGCAAGUGAAGAAUCAAGGAUUCUGGGCAACAUGGCAACAAUUAGUAGACAUGUCAGAUUUACGUGGAGAAAUGAACGCGUACAAAGUUUUAGAACUUUCUCAAACAGCGUCAGAAAGUGAGAUCACAACUAAAUGGCGAAUGUUAUCCAAAGAACAUCAUCCCGACAAAGUAAAGGGCUCUGAGGAAGAGCGUAGGGCCGCGCAAAAUCGAUUCAUGGAAAUCCAAGAGGCCUACGAAAUCCUCUCGAGCAAAAAGAACCGACGGCAACGUAAAAAUCGUCGGAACGGAUGAUUUUAAUAAUAGUCUUUCUCAAUCAUGUCUUUCCAUUAAAUCAAUAGUCUUCAAUUCAA